AUGGCGCGGCGGCUGCAGGCGGAGGAGUACAGAAUGCACCCGCCGGCGGCGCUUCCGGCGGGGAGGCGCGAGGAGUCGCCAGCGCGGACGCCGCAGCGCGGGCGCGUGGAGCUGCGGCAACCGGACGAGACGGUCGACACGUGGGCCAGCGCCGCCGUGAGGGGGCUGCUGCGAGGCAACAGCGGGCUUCUGAUCCCCGAGGCGCACCGCCCGGCUUUCAUGGCCGCGGCCAUCACCGCGAUGCGGCGAGCGGUUGGCCGCGUCAUCCGUAUUUUCAAUCCACAUAGGCUGCUGCUCGAGCAGCUCACCAACGCGGCCGCCGACUCCGCCGACGACGGCGACUCGGAGGAGCGCGUCGCGCCUCGUUUCGUCAAGGUUCUGCAGACGCCCAAGCAGCAGCUAUCUCCGCAGCAGGAGAAGGCCAUCGACUCGCUCCGCGCGAACGGCAACGAGGCCUACCAGGCAGGCAACCUCGCCCAGGCGCGCAGGCUCUACUUGCAGGCCAUCUCGCACGACCCGAGUGGCGCCCACGCACUGGCGCACAAGCUGCACUCCAAUCUCUCCGCCGUGUACGCGUCGCUCAAGGACUGGCCCAACUCGCUGCUGCACGCCAAGCGGUGCGUCGACUUGGACCGCAACUUCUCAAAGGGGUGGUCCCGGGUGAACGAGGAGGUGAACGAGGAGCAGGCCGACUCGCAGGCGACCGAGGUGGAGGAGGACUCGCAGGCGACGCUGGUUGACUCGCAGGAGAUGGCGGCAGAAUCGGAUCUGGAGUAG